CUAAAACAACCCUAUUUAUUGAUCCAGUUCAACACUCAAACGUCAGCUGAAGCUAUCUACUAUACUAAGACCAGAGUGAAUUCACCAAGGAGUAGAGAAUGGAAUCAACAGAACACAAGUCCAGGGUGGUGGUCAUUGAUUCUUUGCAAUCAUGGGAAUUCUAUGUCAACCAAGCCUCUAAUCAGAAUUGCCCUAUUGUUGUUCACUUCAGUGCUUCAUGGUGCAUGCCAUCAGUGGCUAUGAAUCCCUUUUUUGAAGAUAUGGCUUCAAGUUAUCCAGAUUUUCUGUUUCUCAAUGUUGAUGUUGAUGAAGUCAAGGACGUCGCCACGAGGCUGGAAAUAAAGGCAAUGCCAACAUUUGUGUUCCUGAAGGAUGGUGCUCCACUGGAGAAGCUGGUUGGUGCGAAUCCAGAAGAGAUAAAGAAAAGGAUUGAUGGGUUUGUUCACUCCACUCAUGCAUCAAUAGCAUAGUUAAGCAUAUGCAUAAUAGAAGUGUGGUCCUGGCAUCCGGGUCAAAAGUCUUUUGUGAUGUUGUAUGUUGUGGAAUAUCUAUCAGAUCAUCAAGUGUAAUUUCCAAGUUCUUUAGUGGUCACUGUUUUCAGUUUUUAAUUUAACCACAACUUGUAUGUUAUACAGUUUGGUUAUGUUGCUCUUCCCCUGGAAAUUGUAAAUUAAAGGACUGUGUCCUGCUGUUUGUGUAUUGGUUAUUUUUCUAGUAAAAGAAAAAAAAACAUACAACCAUAGACAAA